CUUUAGAUUUUCUAAGCGUGCAUUUGUUCUUGGUAGCAGCUGAUUGGCUGUUACCAGAGGUAAGUGGACUGCCAAACCAGUCAACUGUGAAAACUCAGCUCCUGGUUUUGGGUCUUCUUUCUCAGUCUACGUGAAAGAAAACUUGGGGAAAAUGUGAAAAAUAAAAGCACAACUAGUCAGGCAUCCCAUUAAGAGAUGGAAUCCUCACUUAUAUAUGUUAUAAUUUUACUUUUGAAGAUAUUUGAAUUUUCAUCAGGAAUAAUAUAUAAUAAAGAUGUUACGGAUAAACGCUUUGCUUGUUCUAGCAAAGGGUUCCCCAAAGUGAAUGAAAUAAUCAAGUUGUAUCUUACCUCAGAAAACUUGAAAGUCCAGUGUUUUUUCCAAACUGAAAAUGAGAUUUCUUCAAAAGGAAUGCUGAGUGUGUUCACAUCAGGAGGACUUGCUCCCAGCUUGGGAAUCAUGAAUAGUACCUAUAAUGGCAUCUUCCACUUUAAUUUGUCAUUGUUUAGUGACCGGGUUUACUGGUUGAUUGAUAUUCCUAGAGAAAACAUCACACAAAACACAGAUAUUGCAGCUGUAGAAGAAUGGUCAGUAAGGAUCACUUUACAUCAUGGAUUAAAUAUUUAUGCUACUGAAGGAACCCUAUUGGAUAGUAUUCGAGAACCUAUUCUUCAGUGGACUCCUGGGAUUCUGAUUUCAGAAAGUGAUGUCCUUAAUUUAUAUCCACAUGUGGUAGAUAUCAAAGUGACAAAAUGCCCCUGUGCCAAUGAUGUAGCACUACUAGCCUUCAUUUUGGGUACCACAUUUGAUGGUGUUUACAUAGGUGUAACCUCUUCUGGAUUUUGGAAUUAUCAUGAAACUACAUGGUAUAACUUGACAAAUAAUAUCUUUUCCCAGCUUCAAGAAGAAUAUGCAUACCUUUCAGCGGUGGAUAUAGUUUUAACAAAUCAUUUUUUAGUUAUCCUCACAACUUUGGGUCUUUUUAUAAGUGAAGAUCUUCGUUAUCCAUCACCCCAAAUCUUAUUGCUUUCAAGGGCAGACUUUUGUGGUUUUGAAAGGGUUGACUAUGUCAAAGGAAAAUUAUGGUAUAAUGAAAGAUGUUUUGCUAACAGAGAACACUUUGAAGUUGAUUAUGUUACUGUCACCUAUGACAGAAACAGGACCCUAAGUGAGUCAAGCUCUUGUUUUUAUAGUAAAGAACCAUUUGUUGAAUGGUUACCUUGCAUACCUUACAUUACAAAAGGAAAGAAAAAUGUUCUUCCAAGUGUGAUGACAUUUAUUAUUGACCAAGAGCACCAUACUGGAGUUUACCUCCUCUAUAAUCAGAUCCAGAGAACUGUCGCUGUCUCUGUGAACACCCUAAAAGAUCACAAACCAGAUUUCCUACAAAAAUUUCCACAGUUCGAUUUUCCUUCAUCAUUCUCUAAUCCUGUUGGAAUAGUAUUUCAUCCCCGAAGCCACUUUCUGUAUGCUUAUGGCAAUCAGAUAUGGCUUUCAAUUGAUGGUGGCAACACCUUUGAAUUAUUAGCUGACUUUCAUGAUGAUAUCAUAAAGAGGACUUUUCAUAGUUUUUAUACUUCGGAUAUUACUUUUGUUUCCCAAAGUGGAAAGGUUUACUUGACAAAGGCAGGAUUAGGAAGAUAUGGUGAAAUUGGAACUGUUACUGAUAGAGUUUUCACAUUAUACUAUGAUCACAUGGGAUUCAUACAUAAACUGACUCCGAAUAACUUUGAAGCUGGUAGACCACCUGCAGCCUUUGGAAAUUCUAGAAGUAUUUUUGGUCAGGCUCCUGAUAUGGGCUUCGAGACUGCACUUGCUCCACAGUUUAUUUCCUUAAGAGAAAUGAUCUUUUUUGCAUAUGUACCUGAAAAUGAAUCUCAGGCAACAUUAUACACCAAGAAAUUCAACAAUAUGCACUAUGGAAAAGUGAUAAACUCCGGAAAAACUGGGAAAGCUUACAUACGAAAGAUAAUGCAACAUGACACUAUUAAAGGAUUUUUGUCCUCAGCUAUUGCAGAAAUGACGGAGCCUUUUGCAAUAGAAGAAGAAAAUGAGAGCUCUUGUUUGUCUAGUUCCCUUUCCAUUAGUGAGACUGCAAAUUCCUUGUAUAAACUUACUCUUGACUUACAAAUUGCUAAUGCCUUAUUUGAAGAUACAGAUAUAGAGAAAACUGUAGUGAUUCCUGGUCACAGCAGCUUUCUGAUCACAAGCAUUUUAGAUAAUAAGAAUGCAUUAGCUAUUGCUACAAUGCCUAACAGAGCAUCCAGCAAUGUGACCUUUCUAAAGGACUCCUGGUUUUUAUACAACCUUGGGCGAAGGAAUGGACAAACAUGGACUAUAUAUUCAAAACCGUGUAAUUAUUGGUUUGAACAUGAAGAGGCAGUAUCCAUCAAUGUCUUGAAAUACAUUGAUCUGGGAAACUCUGAGGUUUUAAAAGUUAAAAUCAUACCUAAGGCAAAAGGUCUUCGCACACUUGAAAUACCACUAGUGAAAGUGGUAGUUGGAAACCCAACUGUGUUGGAAUUUAAGGCUCAAGGUUAUUUUGAUGAUACUGAUAGUUAUGUAAUGAAAAUUUCUGUAGCUAGCAAAGCUUUACGUCAAGGUUCAACUUCACUGGCAUUUAUUGUCUGGGGAGCAUCUGCUGACUGCUUUGUUACAACAAUCGUGACAACAUUGAAAAGCAGCUGUAGUUAUCUCAGAACUAUGCGUCACAUUCCUAUCACACUUAUCCCACUUGAAAACUGGCUUAAUGGAGAGCAUAUGGACAAUAAGGGUUUUAACCUAAUCAAAACUUUGCCGAUAAACUACAGGCCUCCAUCUAAUAUGGGAAUUGCUAUUCCACUCACAGAUAAUUUUUAUCAUGCAGAUCCUAGCAAACCCAUACCAAGAAAUCUAUUUUACAAGUCAAAGAAAGCUGGUAAAUUCAAACAGUGUACUAAUGCUUCUACUCGGCAGGAGUGUAAUUGCACAAAUGAUCAGAAGAUUUCACAUGCUGUUGCGUUUUCAGAUUGCAGAGAAAGAGUUCCUCGUUUUAAGUUUCCAGUUAUACAAUAUCCGAUUUCUUUGGAAAUUUAUAAUAAGAAUGGAAGUAUCCCAGUGAAAUCUCCAUAUCUGGUUACUGUGACUGAAGUGAAUAUGAGGAAGAACUGGGAUCUAAAAUAUACUGUACCAGAAAAUAUGAAAAGAAUGAGAGAGUAUUUAGAACCAAUUCUUCAGACUUCAGUGUAUAAUCCUUUAGGUCUCAAUUUAAGUAUAAAGGGCUCUGAGCUUUUUCACUUUCGAGUGUCUGUUGUUCCAGGGGUCACUUUUUGCAACUUAGUUGAAGAAUUUCAGAUUUAUGUUGAUGAAGUGCCAUUGCCAUUUCCAGGACACACUCUUAUUGCUAUCGCAACGGCAGUAGUGCUAGGUGGAUUAAUUUUUACAGCAUUUAUGUUUCAAAUGCGUGACAUCCACCCGUGGAAGGCAUUCCGAAAAUGGCUUAGAGGAAACAAAGUGGAAUCAUCAAAUAUUUCUAUCAGUGAAGUGAUUCGUAAAUGAAAAUCUGAAUACCCAGACUUUGCCAUCGUGUUCCUGGGCCUCUGGUGGAGCCCUGAUGGGCCUUCGUGUCACCUGCAAGCCAGGGCGAGCUUGCUCCGGGUCCUGGGCGCCUCCCACUCCUCCACUGAGUGCCAGAGCGCUGGCCGGGCUGCCCCUCUCCUGGGCCCAGACAUUAGGGUUUUUGCAGAGGGGAAAGAGAGGAGCUCGAACAAGUUCAUCUGUCAUCUCAGGCCAAGGCGACCUGAGGUGGCAGGGAGUGGGAAUGGAGUGGGCAAGAACCCCCCACCCACGGACCCCAAAUCUGCUGGCCUGUGUUGCCCAUGCUGGGCAGUGACCUCCGUGCAGGCCAGCUGUGGGCUCAGCUGUGGGAAUCGUUCAGGAGGGCUAGAAAAUAACAGUUCUGAUAAAGGACAAAGGAAUGCAGCACUUGGGGCGCAGCUGGUUGUAAGUCGCAGAUCUGGAUGCCCAAAUCUGGGACCUUUCCCAGAAGCCCUUCAAUUUCAUCCCAAAGGAGAGCCGCCAGAUGUCCGAAAAAGUCUGGGUAGGUCCCAAGUGCCCAGUCCAACCCCAAAGGCAGCCCAGAGGCCCCUCUCGGAGGAGGACGCGCCGCGGGCAGACCCGAGGCCCAAGCUGCCCAGCGCGACGGCGGGCGGACCCUAA